AGACAUUAAGAAGCGAAUGAAAGAGAAAAAGAAUAAAAACUUGGCAGAGAUUGGCAGACACAAGUCCUUCAUUGCUGCACCAUGCCAAGUACCCACUAACACUUCUACACUGCUGAGAAAUUACCAACAGAACAACAGGUUGUUAGUCUUGGGUUUGGAAAAUGAAAAAUCCAACGUGAGAGAAGCCCAGGGUAUCAUUGUACAGCUGAGAAGAGAAUGUUGCUACCUUGCAUAUCAGCUACAUACUGUGAAACAGAAGCUAACUUCCCAACGAAGUGGAGAAACUGAUCAGAACCAGAAAGGAUGUCCCUCAGAAGUGGUCUCCAGUAGUGACAACACCAUCGGGGACUUGUCUGUGAAGACCUUAGAGCAAAUUGCUCUUGAAGAAAAUGACUGGCUAUUCCAAACCAAAGAACCAAGUCCUACUGUUCCUCCAGACACACUGGGGAGUGAUUUUGAUUCAGAACUACUACCCAAGAAUCAAGAGUCACCUGGUCGUAGCCUAAAGGUUGUCACCAAUAUCCUGCUGCACCCUGUAGUGAAAAUCAGGAAGCUUUCUCUGUCUCCAAAAAGGAAUGAACACAGCCCAGCAGUGCCUCUGCCUAAGCGCAGGUGCACCACCAUCACAAGCUACGAAGAGCCAACCCUCGCUUUGAAGCACAGACUUGCGUUUCUUGAAUUCUCCUAA